AUGGGCCUCAGGCCUUGGCUAAAAAGCCAUUUGCCAGCCUUGUCAAUCGCCUACAUUUGCGAUAGUGUGCGUAACCUAGUACCCCCCCACCGUUCCCUUCCCUUCCCUCAAUCCCUCCUACUCCCCCUCAACCUCUCCUUCCCCCCGAACCCCCCUUAUCGUCCCCCCGCGGCCCCUGUUCUCGUUCUGGUUAUCCCAGCGCACUCGAUUCAAGUUGAUCUUGCGAAGACGAAGUUACCUCUAUCUCCGUGGGAGCAGGCUCGCGCGGCGAUCAACCUCGCGAAAUCCAAGCUACCCAAGUUACCACGAUCGUCGCCGUACGAGCGCGAGUGGGCGAAAUAUCGCCAGCGCGACGGGCUGCUUUCGCUGGACUAUGUGAAAUCGCUGGCGAGGACGAAUGCAGCCAAAAAGAAGAGUGGCAGCAGCGACGUCUUUAAAGUCGUGUUUUGUUCCGACACGCCCACGCCCCCCGCCCAAGAGGGCAAUCUCUUCUCCAACCCCAGCAUAGCGAACGGCACCAUGGGCUGGCAGGGCUUUGGGUACGCGCCGAUCAAAGCCAUGGUCAACGCAACAGCGCCCACGCCCUACUCGUACCUGGUGGCUUACAACCGCUCGUACACGUAUGCGGGGCCCAAGCAGAGCGUGCGGGACGUGCCUGCGGCGGCUUAUGAGCUGGCGAUCUGGGUGAAGCUGGACGCGGGGGAGCGGCAGUACGUCACUGCAUCGGCCAAGAUCAACAACAAGUAUCUGUGCAUCGGAGGGGCGAACGCUCGGUCCACGUGCUGGACGAAAUUAACAGGGGGAUUUACCCUGCACGAGCCGGCCGCUGAGGUGGCGGUGUAUGUGCAGGGCGCAGCGGUGGGGUCCGAGAUCUGGGUGACGUCAGCAUCGCUUCUGAAAGUGGAUACGAACAUGUGGCGGAGCCGACAGAACGAGAACAUUAAGAAGUACCGCAUGCGGCCUGUGCGGCUGUCAAUUCAAGGGCUGGGGCUUGGCCUGGUGCCGGCACGUGUGCAGAUCGACCAGGUCUCUUCAGAUUUCCCCUUUGGCGCCAAUGUGAACGGUGCAAUUCUAUACGACACAGCGUACCAAGAGUGGUUCCUCAACCGAUUCAACUGGGCAGUGUUCAACAACGAGGGCAAGUGGUAUUUCAACGAGAGGAGGGAGGGAGCAGAGGACUACAAUGUGACAGAUGCGCUGGUGGAUUGGUUCAUCCAGAGGAACGUGAGCGUGCGCGGUCACAACAUCUUCUGGGCUGUUGAGAAGUUUGUUCAAACAUGGGUCAAGAAUCUAAACGACACUGCUCUAUGGGCAGCCAUGCAACGACGCAUGGCCAGUGCGGUCACCCGCUAUCAGGGCAAGGUGCAGCACUGGGAUGUCAUCAACGAGCCUCUGCACGGCAACUACUACGGGCAGCGGUUGGGGGAGGACAUUCACUCGUGGAUGUUCAAGGCCGCGCGGGCGAUUGAUCCGAAUGUGCGGCUGUUUCUGAAUGACUAUAACACGGUGGAGCAGUGUGACCGAGGGGCCAACCCAGAGGUGUACCUCGAGAAGGUGUGGAAUCUCAACGCAACUGGGGCGCCAGUGACAGGGAUAGGCGUGGAGGCGCAUUACAGUGGGGAGCCGCAACUGGUUCGCUUGAAGCACGAUCUGAACCGGCUGGCAAUGGCCAAGCUCCCCAUCUGGCUGACCGAACUUGAUUUCAGCGAAGUGGAGUCGGAUGAGCAAAGGGCGGAUUAUCUGGAGGCAGUGAUGCGAGAGGCCUUCUCGCAUCCCUCGGUGGCGGGCAUGGUGCUGUGGUCGGCUGGGCGGUCCACGUGCGAGUUCUAUAAAGACAUUGAUUCCGGCAUGUGCAACCCGUGUGAUGCUUGCCUCGCGGAUUUGAGCUUCACUGAUAAUGAGGCAGGGAAAAGGUUCGUGCGCCUGCGUCGGGAAUGGAGCACCCACCUGAGCAGAGUGAUCUGGCUCGGCCGAACCAUGAAACUCAGCCCGUUUCCCAAACCAAGGUACUCGCGAGCACUGCUCUAUGUGCCAUACUGUUCCACACCACCUAACCUCUUCCUUCCAUCUCUCCCUCCCACCCACCCUUCCGCCCACCCAUCCUCUCCUCUCCGCUCCUUUACUCUCCUCUCCUCUCCUCUCCCCUCCUUCCCCCCUCUUCGCCCUCCCCUCCUCCCCCUCCCCUCUUCCCCCUCCUCUGCUCCCCUCUCCUCCUCUCCCUUUUUCCACUCACCUCCUCCCUCUCCCCUCUUGCCUCUCCGUAACUCCCCCUCCCCUCCCCCCCUCCCUUCCUCCCUCUCCCCUCCUCCCCCUCCCCUCCCUCUCCCCCCUUCUCCACUCACCCCCUCCCACUCCACUCCUCCCUCUCCCUUCCUCCCCGUCCCCUCCUCCCCUCUCCUCCUCCCCUCUCCCCUCCUCCCUCUCCCUUCCUCACUCCCCCCUCCUCCCUCCCCCCUUCCUCCAUCUCCUCUUCUCUCUCGCUCUCCUCCCUCUCCCCUCCUCCCUUUCCCCUCUUCCUCCUCCCCUUCUCCCUCUCCGCUCCUCCCUCUCCCCUCUUCCCGCUCCUCUCCUCUUCUCUCCCCUCCUCCUGCUCCUCUCCUCUUCUCUCCCCUCCUCCUGCUCCUCUCCUCUUCUCUCCCCUCCUCCUUCUCCCUGUCCCUCUCCCACUCCUACCUCCUUCCCCAUCUCCCGUCUCCCAUCACCCCACCAGGUACCAGGCGUUAA